UAAAUUCUGCAAGACCAAGUAGAGAAGAUUAGACGUGAAAUGACUGGAGAGAGAGAGAAAGUGAAGGGAAAAAGGAAAUAGUAAUCGUCUUCGUCAGUUUCUUUUCAUCAUAACAUUUUUCCCGCCAAACUCACAAUUCCAUUUUUUCUUUUUCUCUUUCCGGACGACUGACCUUUCCUUUCCUUUUCUGCACUCUCUCGCUCUUUAGCUUCUUCUCUUUAGGGUUUUGUUUCUCCCUUAUUCUUUUAACCCUAGACUAGAAGAAGCACACCUCAGUCAUGGGGGACAAUGGAACCUCUUCUUUUCGGCAAUCCAAAGCAGGUACCGUUAGAAGGAUUCGAUUGGAGAACUUCAUGUGCCAUAGUAAUUUGGUGAUUGAGCUAAUUGACCGGGUGAAUUUUAUCACUGGUCAAAAUGGAAGUGGAAAAAGUGCUGUCCUCACUGCUCUGUGUAUUGCAUUUGGGUGUCGAGCGAAAGGGACUCAAAGGGCUUCAACGCUAAAAGAUUUCAUCAAAACUGGUUGUAGUUCCACUGUUGUUAUUGUUGAAAUAAAUAACGAAGGGGAUGAUGCGUUUAAGCCAGAGACAUAUGGUAGUACCAUAACCAUAGAACGCAGGAUUUCGGAAUCUGCAAGCACCACUGUUUUGAAAGAUUGCCGAGGUAAAAAAGUUACUUCUAAGAAGGACGAGCUUCUUGAGCUAGUAGACUAUUUUAAUAUUGAUGUUGAAAAUCCAUGUGUAAUAAUGAGUCAAGACAAAAGCAGAGAGUUUUUACAUUCUGGAAAUGACAAGGACAAAUUUAAGUUCUUUUUCAAGGCUACUCUUCUUCAGCGAGUCCAUGAUCUUUUGGAAAUGAUUGAUCAGCACCUGAAAUCUGCAAAUGGUACUGUUUGUGAGUUAGAGGAUGCAGUUAAACCAAUAGAGAAGGAACUCAAUGAAUUGCAAGAAAAGAUUAAUAACAUGAAACAUGUUGAACGAGCAUCGCUAGAGUUACGGGAGUUAAAGAAGAAGCUCGCUUGGUCUUGGGUAUAUAAAGUAGAUAGGGACCUUCAGGAACAACGUGUAAUCAUUGACAAGCGUAAAAGUCAUAUACCUGUUAUCCAAUCUAAAAUUGAUCGUAGAAUGGAAAAAAUGGAGGAAUUAGGGGAUAUUUUAGCUAAGAAGAAAAGUCAAAUUUCAUCCUUGAUUGGAAAGAUGACUGAAGUGCAGAGAAGGAAAGAUGAAAUACAGCAUAAAUUGUCCUCGGCUACCAAAGAAAAGCUUCGGCUAGUAGAAGAGUAUAAUCACAAACUUAAUGUCAUCGACAAUUUGUUUAAGCGUUUAAGUUCUUAUGAGAAACAAGUGCAGGAAAUUCACGAUCGCCAUGUAAAGAAUACACAGGCUGAAGAAUCUCAAAUAGAGGAGAAGCUAAGGGAACUUGAGUUUGAGUUUGAGAAUGCUGAUUCGUACUUUAAGAGCUUGAAGGAAGAAGAGGAUACUUUAUUAGAAAGAUUAAACAAGAUGGUGAUAGACAUCCGGAAUAUAGAUGAGGAGAUACACAAUUGUCAGAAGCAGCACAAAGAGUUGUUAGAUAAUAUAAGUCAGCUCCAGCGGAACCAGACUAAUAAGGUUACUGCAUUUGGUGGAGAUAAAGUUAUUAAUCUGCUGCGUGCCAUUGAGAGACAUCAUCGGAGAUUCAGAAAACCACCAAUUGGUCCAAUUGGUGCUCAUUUGACUUUGGUUAAAGGUGAUAAGUGGGCUCCUGCUGUCGAACAAGCCCUUGGAAGGUUGCUCAGUGCUUUCAUAGUAACAGAUCAUAAAGACUGUCUUCUUUUGAGGUCAUGUGCAAAGGAAGCAAACUAUAACUAUGUUCAGAUUAUAAUAUAUGAUUUUUCACGACCAAGGCUGGAUAUUCCUCAGCACAUGCUUCCUCGAACAAGUCACCCAACCACUCUUUCAUGUCUUCAUUCUGAAAGUCAUACUGUUUUAAAUGUUUUAGUUGAUGUGGGUAAUGCGGAGCGGCAAGUAUUGGUUCAAGAUUAUGACAUUGGAAAAGUUGUUGCUUUUGAUUCAAGGAACUCAAAUUUGAAGGAGGUCUACACAUUAGAUGGCUAUAAAAUGUUUUCUCGUGCUUCUGUUGAGACAAUUCUUCCUCCCAACAAGUCAACUAGACCUCCACGUCUUUGUAGUUCCUAUGAUGAGCAGAUUAAAAAUUUUCAAAGCAAUGCAUUAGAUGUACAAAAAAUAGCUCAGGAAUGCAUGGGGAGGAAAAGGCAGGCAGAAAGGGAAGUUGAAGAUCUUCAUGAAAGCAUUCGAAACAUAAAGAGAGAGUGUCAUCAUGCUGAGAGAAUCUCCGUUUCUAAGAAUAUGCAACUGAGAGAUUUUAAGAAAUCAUGUGCUGCUGAAGCUAGUGCAUCACCUGCAUCAACAGUUGAUGAGAUCCAUCAAGACAUUUCAAAAAUCCAAGAAGAGAUACAACAAAAAAAGAUUUUGCUUGAAAACUUCAAAGUCCGAAUGUGUGAAGCUGAGGAUAAAGCCAAUGAACUUAAAGUAUCGUUUGAAAAUUUACGUGAGUCCGCAAAAGGUGAAGUUGAUGCUAAUGAGAAAGCGGAGAAAGAUCUUAUGGAUAUCGAAGAAGAACUACAUUCUUUAGAAGAGGAGAAAAAUUAUUAUGUUAGUGUAAUGAGCAAGGAGUUUGAUGAAAUAAAGAAUGCAGAGGCCGAAUAUGAGGAACUUGUCCUGCUCCGCGAGGCCAGUGACAAGAAAGCUUCUAUUAUCUGUCCUGAGAGUGAACUUGAAGCUAUUGGUGGGUGCAAUGGUAGCACCCCAGAGAAACUCAGUGCUCAAAUCACAACACUAGAUCAAAGGCUUAAGCAACAGAUCCCUAGAUUUUCUGAAUCUAUUGAUGAUCUAAGGGCAAUGUAUGAAGAAAAACAAAGUAUGAUUUUGGGGAAACAGGAAAAAAAUAGAGAUUUCCGGAAAAAGAUUGAUGCCCUUCAGAAAGCCCUGGACACACGUCGAACUAAGUAUCAGACAAUUGCAAAUAAAUUGAGCCGUCAGAUAACAUGGGGUUUCAAUAACAAACUAGAAAAUAAAGGGAUCUGUGGACGUAUCGAUGUUAGUUAUGAGGAUAGAACCCUCUCUGUUCAUGUAAAGAUGCCCCAAGAUGCAUCAAACAGCAGUGUUCGUGACAUUAAAGGACUUUCAGGUGGGGAGCGUUCGUUUUCAACUUUGUGUUUCACUUUGGCUCUUCAUGAUAUGAUAGAAGCUCCAUUUCGAGCAAUGGACGAAUUUGAUGUAUUUAUGGAUGCUGUAAGUCGGAAAAUCAGCUUAGAAACUCUAGUGGACUUUGCACUGGUUCAGGGAUCCCAGUGGAUAUUUAUUACUCCUCAUGAUAUCAGCAUGGUGAAGGAUGAUGUGAAUAUAAAAAAACAGCAAAUGCCGGCCCCUCGUUCUUGAAUCUCGAGUAUUCUUCUUUACCAAUGUGACUGCUUUGUGCACUUAGUUUAAAAAUCUGCGUUUAUUCUUCAUUUUAAUCUACUUGGAAUGACAAUAAUCUUAUCAUGGAAGAAUGAAUGUUUUAUUUAGAUUAUGUUGUCAAUUUCACAUUGACCAUGUACUUGUCUGGUGAUGAUGGUGUCAAUAUGUAGUUCUAUUCUUCA